GCUCGAGGAUGUGCACAGCGACCACUGCAUGGUUCGUCGCCAGCCGACAUGUUCUCAUAUGUCCUGAGCUCCGCGAGCUCGUACUUCCACCUUCCGAUCGAGGAGGAUGAAGACGAGGACUUCCCCACUGCUUCGAGACACAUAGCCUGGUCGCCAUCCACAGACUCAACAGAUUCGGACGACUCCGAUUCAGGACCCCUUUCCAUUCCCUCGACAUCCUCAACAUCCUUCGCUCGUUCGCAAUUGAAAACAAACCGUAAAGAGAAAGCUGUAAUCCAAGAGAUACUUUCCCAGAAUGACCUCUACCACAUUCUGGGUGUCAAACGGACGUCCCGAACAGAUAAGAUGACUCUCCGGAGAGCGUACCUCACACGGAGUAAAGCGUGCCAUCCAGACAAAUUCCCGGAUAAUCCAGAGGCUACCCGCGCGUUCCAAAAGGUUUCCGUCGCCUACGACGUCCUCAGCAAGCCCUCCUCCAGGAGACUCUACGACUCCCAACCUCCACAAUCCUAUGAUAUCUUCGCGACCAGACCAACUCCUCCUGCACAAGAGACCUUUCGCGGGGUUAUAAUCGGCGUGUUCAACGACCUGCUCGAUGGCGACCUCGACAUGGUCCGGUCGCUUCUCAGUAUGAACGGUCAACGACCUCAACCCCUCACUCCGAUUAGGCGAGGAGGCAUCAACUCCGUCCUCGUCUCCCUCCAAGCCAUCCGCGAGCGCGCCCUCACCUGCCGGACCUGCGUCCUCGCACUGCACCACGAGCUCACACACCUGCUCGAGGUGCAACGCGCCUUCCACGACCUCUCCUACUUCGACAUCCGCCGGCGCUCCUGCCUCACCAUCCGCCUCGCGCGGCUCACCGUGUCGCUCCCCAUCGCGCUCGAGCGCGCGCUCAGCGAGCAGGCAGAUGACCUCUACGCCGCGGACGACACCCGCGAGGGCGUCGGCGGCACGGAUAAGACUGCCCUCCUGAACGCACGUGUGCACCGUCUCCUGAGCGGGCUAGUGCACGUCUUAGAGCGGAUGGAACACGUCCUCAAAUGAAUAUGUAGACCUCCACCCAUUCCGUUUAGCUCGGACUCUCCAUUCUCUAUUCGAUCUAUGCUCCAUCUGGUUGUAACGUUUUGCUGAUUGAGAUGCCGUGCUCCACUACUACUGAUUAGACCCUCGUACCUAGCCCUUUUAGCACUUAGAGUAACUGACAUGUAACGCACGGUGUCGCGAGGGUGGCGACAUCGGGGCGGAGAAGCGUAGUCCAC